AUGUGGCUCGGCAGGUCGGCGAACGCUGUGUCAGGGACCCCCGGCUUGGUCAGGCAGAGGCAGGCAGGUGGCACCGGCCACCGCGGCUGCCGCUACCACUUGCUGGACCGUGAGCUGCUCAAGAGGGCCAGGCUGCAUGUGGAGAGGGCCAUCAAGGAGAAGAAGAUCUUCACGGUGCAGGGCCCCUACCCCAUCAUCCGCAGCCUGCUGCGAGCCCGGGGCUGGGUGGAGAGGAAGUUCCCCAGCGUGGGCAGGGUGGGCAGCCGGCCGGAGCAGCAUCAUGGCACCCAGGAGAAGCAGCUGCAGGAGGAGGAGGGAAGUGAUGGUGCUGAGCAGGGGGAGCCAGCGGAGGAAGAGCAGUGGGAUGAGGACCCUGAUGGCAUCCACAACCUCAUGUCUCGCCUGGUGCAGGACCAGAUGCCAUACUUCAUCUGGACCAACCGCUGCAGUGCUGUUGACUGCCGGCUGCUGCGGCAGGACCAGGUGGUGAACCACUACGCCGGGGUGGGUGCCUUCACCACGAAGGAGGGGCUCUGCCUCAACCUGCGAAACCUGCCCUGGUUCGACCAAGCCGACCCUGACACCUUCUUCCCCCGGUGCUACCGGCUGGGCGCUGCAGACGAGCGGCAAGCCUUCAUCGAGGAUUUCUGCCUGACAGCAGCUCGCAGCCUGCUCAAAGUGGCCCUGGAGAGGACUGGGGAUGUGCUGGUGGGGACAGAGCAGCCCCCGAAAUCUGGUGAGGGGCCAGCGGGGCUGGGCCCCCCCCUGUCCCCCCAGCUGGUGGAGGAGGCCCUGCAGGUCUGCGAGCAGCACCUGGGCAGCCUGGGGCACCAGGACAUCGACGGGGACCCCCCACCCUGCCGCACUGACUGGGACCGCUUCCUGCGGGACUACUACCGUGUGAUACACGAGGGGGCCGGGCUGGCGCUAAGCAGAGCACAGCAGGACCGGUGCCGGGCCCUGCUGCAGCGCCUGGCAGGGCGGCUGCCCCAGCUCGGCAUGGAGGGCAACCACAACGUCUGGAUCCUCAAACCUGGUGCCAAAUCCCGCGGCAGGGGCAUCGUCUGCACGGCGCGGCUGGAGGAGGUGCUGCAGCUGGCAGGGGACUGCGCAGCACCCUUGACACGGGCAGACAAGUGGGUGGUGCAGAAGUACGUGGAGCGGCCACUGCUCAUCUUUGGCACCAAAUUCGAUGUCCGGCAAUGGUUCCUGGUGACCGACUGGAACCCACUGACCAUCUGGUUUUACCGCGAGAGCUACCUGCGCUUCUGCUCCCGAUCCUUCUCCCUACGCCGCCUGGACCCCGCUCGGCACCUCUGCAAUGUCUCCAUCCAGAAGCAGUGCAGGCCCAUACGGGGUCGGCACCCCCAGCUGCCCCCUGACCAGACUUGGUCCUGCCAACAGCUCCAGGCGUACCUGGCACAGGUGGGGCAGGCAGAUGCCUGGCACCAGAUAAUGGUGCCCGGCAUGAAGGCAGCGGUGGUGGGUGCCCUGCGCAGUGCCCAGGACCUGGUAGGGUCCCGCAAGGGCAGCUUCGAGCUCUACGGGGCUGACUUUAUCUUUGGAGAGGACUUCCAGCCCUGGCUGCUGGAGAUCAACGCCAGCCCCACCAUGGCCCCCUCCUCGGCGGUGACCAGCCGUCUGUGUGCUGGCGUCCAGCGGGACACGCUGCGUGUGGUCAUCGACCGCAGGGACAACCCCACUUGCCCCACCGGCGCCUUUGAGCUCAUCUACAAGGAGGUGGCCGUGCCGGUGCCUCUGUAUGUGGGGCUGAACCUGACGGUGAAAGGCUGCUCCCUGAGGAAGCCCCAGCCAGCACACCGCCGAUCCCUGGGCAAGCCCCCCGCUGCUGUGGCUGGCACCCCCCAGCCCCCUGGUGCUGCACCCGCCUGGGCUGGCACCCAGCACCUGGACCCCGUGGCCCUGCCUGCGGCAGCCGAACCCCAUCGCAGGGAGAAGGCACACAGCAGCUCCCAGAGGGACACAGAAGAGCUGUGA